CGAAACGGACAGCCCGCAGGCUUUGCUUUCCCCGCUGAGGGAAUGGCUCACGCCGGAGCCGCGGGGGGCGGCGAGCCCUGGCCGGGUGCCUCCAGCAGCAAAGAUUACGCAGGAGAAGGAUGCAGCGGCCAGGCAGCGGUGCUGGUGCGAGACGCUCUGUCGCUGGAGGACAUCCUGAGGCUCUACAACCAGCCCAUCAACGAGGAGCAGGCGUGGGCCGUUUGCUACCAAGGCUGCGGCGCCCUCCGCGCUCGGCUUCGCCGCAGGGAGCCCCCGGCCAACAGGGUAGAGAGCCCGGCGGACAUUCGCAUCUGGAAGGAUGGAGCCGUCACCCUGGACACCGACGCCAGCGGCCGGAGCCUGCCAGGAGCAGGUAAACCAGAACAUUCAUGGUGUUCAGAAACCGAGGUGAUAGAAUCCUUGGGUAUUAUUAUUUAUAAAGCACUGGACUAUGGCCUGAAAGAGAACGAAGAGAGAGAGCUAAGCCCUCCCUUGGAACAGCUUAUUGAUCACAUGACUAAUACAGUAGAAGCAGAUGGGAGCAAAGAUGAAGGCUAUGAAGCUCUGGAUGAAGGGAUGGAGGAUGAAAAUGAUAAAGAGGAUGUUGAAGUUAUACAGUCAUAUCGAGAUGUCAUGAAGCUCUGUGCUGCUCAUCUACCAACCAGAUCAGAUGCACCAAAUCAUUAUCAAGCAGUAUGUCGGGCGCUGUUUGCAGAAACUAUGGAGCUGUACACUUUCUUGGCUAGAAUUAAAAGUGCUAAAGAGAAUUUGAAGAAGAUUCAGGAAAUGGAUAGAGAACGGAGUGAUGAAUCCAGCACAGAUCUUGAUGAGUUAAAGAAUGCUGAUUGGGCCCGAUUUUGGGUACAGGUGAUGCGAGACUUACGCAAUGGUGUGAAACUGAAGAAAGUUCAAGAACGUCAGUUCAACCCUCUUCCAAUAGAGUAUCAGCUCACUCCGUAUGAGAUGCUGAUGGAUGAUAUUCGAUCAAAACGCUAUACUUUAAGGAAGGUUAUGGUCAAUGGAGAUAUACCUCCACGAUUAAAAAAGAGUGCCCAUGAAAUAAUAUUGGACUUCAUCCGAUCUCGACCUCCACUAAAUCCAGCUUCUGCAAGAAAACUGAAACCAACCCCACCACGACCACGUAGCCUCCAUGAAAGAAUACUGGAAGAAAUCAAGUCUGAAAGAAAGCUGAGACCGGUCUCUCCUGAUGAGAUCAGGCGUAGCAGACUAGCAAUCCGGCCUCUUAGCAUGUCUUACAGUUUUGACUUGUCAGAUGUAUCUACACCUGAGACCUCGAGAAAAGUGUCAGAAAGCUAUAUACUGAAUGGCACCUUGGCAUCAGAAGCCAAUGUAAACGGCAUUGACCCUGUUCAGUUGACAGUGCAACGGAAGAGACUAUUGAAAGCUCCCACACUGGCUGAACUGGAUAGCUCAGAUUCAGAGGAAGAGACUAUACCCAAGUCAGCUAGUAGCAGUAGUAUAUCUCCAUCUCGAAUGGAAGAUACAUUUCCAGAAACCACUGGGAAAAAGGUGCCUCCAAAAUUCUUGCCAAUAUCAUCCACCCCACAGCCAGAGAGGAGGCAACCACCUCAGAGGCGACACUCCAUUGAAAAGGAAACACCAACUAAUGUACGACAAUUCCUGCCACCUACAAAACAGAGCUCCAGAUCACUAGUUCCCAGGAUAACAAGUUUCUUUCCAAGGAUGACGCUCAAAACACAUUUUUCAACCAUACACACAGCCUCUCAGCUUAGCUCCCAUCUUUUUGAAGUAGCCCUGUUUGGGGUGGUGAGGACUAUAUAUUUUCUGUGUGAGAUGGCUUUUAACAGGCGGAAACCCUCAAAGGAAGAAUUUUGUUACCCAGUGGAAUGCCUAGCUCUCACUGUGGAAGAAGUAAUGCACAUCCGCCAAGUGCUAGUAAAGGCAGAACUAGAGAAGUACCAGCAGUAUAAAGAUGUCUAUACAGCCCUCAAGAAAGGAAAGCUCUGUUUUUGUUGCCGAACGAGGAGGUUUUCCUUCUUCACUUGGUCCUAUACGUGUCAGUUUUGUAAGAGGCCAGUAUGUUCACAUUGUUGUAAAAAGAUGCGCCUGCCAUCAAAGCCAUAUUCCACUCUUCCCAUCUUUUCUCUGGGGCCUUCUGCUUUGCAGAGAGGAGAGAGCUUUAUGAGGCCAGAUAAACCUUCCACAAGCCACCAUCGGUCAUUAAGGGGCAUGCCAAGGUUGUCAUCAAAGUCCAAAUCUGUAGAUAAAGCUGAUGAAGAAGCACUGUUUCCAAAAGAGCUAAUGGAGGACUGGAGCACCAUGGAGGUGUGCGUGGACUGCAAAAAGUUCAUUUCAGAAAUAAUUAAUUCAAGCCGCCGCAGCCUCUCCCUGGCUAACAAGAGAGCCAGGUUAAAAAGGAAAACCCAGUCAUUCUACAUGUCAUCCCCAGGCACCUCGGAGUACUGCCCUUCUGAGAGGACUAUCAAUGAGAUCUGAGCCUUGUGCCUUUCUCUUUGCUUUGUCUUCAUGAGGUCUUGAGAGAACUCACUGAAACCAGCUUGUCUUUCUUUCCUUUGUUCUGACAGUGUACAUUUCCAUUAGGUCACUGGUUUUGCUACUCCUUAAUUCACAGGGAAAAAAUCAGAAAUUAGGCUAUGCAGCAUAUCAGUAAGAAACUUAUUUGCACUGGACGAAAAGAGUUAUAAAUUGUUGCCUUUGUUGUAUGUGUGCAAUGUACAAAGAAAGCCUUUAUUGUGUUUCCCACCCUCAUAUUCAUUCCUUAAUUCAUUUUUUAGAUGAAAGUUAAAUGAAGAACCAUAUCUAAAACAGGUGAUAGUGUUAGUUCAGUUGUAGCUAUUAAACCAUGUUGGAAUUUACUUCCAAUUAAUAUACUUUAUAUUUUAUUUGCUGUGGCGCACAGGCCCACAUUGUACAGUAAAUAAAUGGAAGCUACAGCUCUUAAUACCAAAUGGUAUAGCACAGAGCUUUAAAAAAAUUAAGAUGUGCUGAAUGGCUGAUUGUGCUGAGAAUGGCUGAUCAUAGUCCAAGCUACAGAUGUUACAAUAUCUGGGUUCAAUGAUAUAAUAUUGAAUAAGCUAAAAGACUGAAUAAAUUGCAUUUUCCAUCAGCUGCUGUUAUAAGUCCCAAGAUAAUGGUUAGUGUGUUUCAGUCUAAAUAAUUGUAAUUUCUUCCUAUCUUGAAUGUACUCUGAAUGUUAAUUGUAGUAAUACCUGUAGAUUUUAGAAAUGUGCAAAAUCAUACUCUUUAUGGGGAAGGUGCAAGAUAAAUGCAACUUUUUAAUAUUAGUAAGUUUUUAUAAAUAAGAAGCAUUCUCUGGGUUACAAUCCUGAGAAAGUAGAUAAUAAGUAUAUUUGUAUUAUAGAGGAAAAUAUAUGUACUGCUGUAACUAAGACUGGAAAACAUAUCCAUUAUAGAUCCCAUUUUUUUCAGGGGUUUAUA